CACCACACAAAGCCUAAAAUCAUGAAUCUGGAGCUGCCCAAGCCUGAACCCAAAGCUAGAAGCAAGCUGCCAACAUGUACCAAGGGGCCUGAAUCUACAAGGAAGGGCCCACCACGCUUCAAGCAGAGAUCCACCCGCCAGUUCAAAAGCAAACCACCAAAGAGAGGGGUCAUUGGAUUUGGUGAAGAAAUUCCUGGAAUGGAAGGUUUAGGAAUUGAUAUUACUGUCAUCUGCCCAUGGGAAGCAUACAGCCAUCUGGAGCUACAUGAAUUGGCUCAAUAUGGCAUCAUCUAA